AAAUUUACUGAUUCUUUUUUGGUAUUCUCUCUCUUGAAACUUCACUGAGGAUUACUUGAGUGCAUUAUUAUUUUUUAUCUGGCUAUGCAGGGAGAUGAUCCAGCACAGGCCUUACACACAGAAAGUGGAUGUGUAUAGUUUUGGGAUUGUUCUCUGGGAACUCAUAACAGGAAUGCUACCAUUCCAGAACAUGACAGUCGUGCAGGCAGCAUUUGCAGUCGCUAACAAGGGAGUUCAUCCAAUAAUACCUAGUGACUGCUUACCUGUUCUCAGUGAUAUCAUGACCCGGUGCUGGGAUGCCAACCCUGAUGUCAGGCCACCUUUCGUGGAAGUCGCCAGAAUGCUGGAGAACGCAGAGACAGAGAUAAUGACUACUGGCCGCAAGGCUCGUUUCAGGUGUUGCAUGAGCCAACCUAGGACAAUGGAGUGAUCCUAUCAGAAAAAUAUUAAAUGAGAAAACAAUCAGCAGAAC